AUGGCGGACCACGCGUUCCGGACGGUAUGGAUAGUUUUACUUCUAUUAACUUGUGCGAGUUAUACGUUACAGAACACGAGACAGAAACGACAGAUAUCGCCACAGCAACCAAAGAUUAUCACAACAGACGGCCAUCUUGUAUUUCAAACCGGAAUCAAUCAUAACAUCACUUUCAAGUCGACGGCGGGCGGUUAUGUCAAUGUGAAUGGCGAGAAUCUGGUGUCUUUGGCCCAAACGGUCAAAAGCAAUAAACAAGCUAUUGAUGAACUCAAGGCCUUCCCAACUGAGAUUCCGUCCAACAUUGAGGGUCGUUUGACGAGCGUGGAAGAACGAUUGAACAACCUGCAGCCGACAGGGGGAGUUCAGACUCAGCUUAUCAGCCUGGCCAACAGACUCAAUAUGCUGGAGACCGCUAAUCUUGUGACUCGAUUGGCAACCAUUGAACAACAGAUGACUGGACUACAGAAUAUACCAUCCUCACUGACUACCCUCACGACUCGAGUGUCCGCCCUAGAGCGGAGUGUAAGAACAAGCCGUAACGACAGAACGAGAUGGAGGAUUAAUCGACGGGUCAGAACAUUGCAGACUCAAGUUACAAAUUUACGUUCGCUCCUAACACAGAACGAGUGUAGCAGUAAUCCAUGUAGGAAUGGUGGCACCUGUAUUGACCGAUACAACGCUUACUCUUGUCGCUGUCUGCCUGCUUGGAAAGGAGAAAAUUGUGAUGAAGACGUCAAUGAAUGCUCGGAGUAUGCCGGAACAGAUCGCGGCUGUCAGAACGGGGCCACAUGUGUCAACAAUCGGGGCGGCUUCUCGUGCCAGUGUACCAGUAACUAUCACGGUAUUCGGUGUACAGAGACACACGCUGACUGCACGGGAGCCUCCACUCAGGAACUGUGUGGACACGGUACAUGUAUCAACACAGUCCGUGUAGUACCUGGUCAGCCGAAGUACCAUUGUGUUUGUGAGGAUGGCUGGACAACCUCCGGCUCUGAUCCUGCCUGUAACACUGACGUGGACGAGUGUGACAGUGACCGUCCGGCUGUAUGCUCGGCUGAUCCUCCAGUUCCCUGUGUAAACGUUCCCGGCACAUUCUACUGCGGACAGUGCCCAACAGGGUACAGUGGAAACGGUUUCAACUGUGCAGACAUCAACGAAUGUGCUACAAACAAUGGUGGAUGUUCCCUGUCCCCACGGGUCGAUUGUGUGAACACCCGGGGGUCACGGACCUGUGGUCCCUGCCCCACAGGCUAUGUAGGAGAUGGGCAGACUUGUAACUGGGUCGGCGUCUGUAGCACAAAUAACGGGGGCUGCCACCCUCAAGCUUCCUGCCAGGAAAGUCCAGGUGUGUUGACCUGUACCUGUCCCCCUGGGUACGUUGGUAAUGGGAUCGGCUCCAGUGGCUGUGUUUCACAGGGCCCAGUUACUGGACCAUGUAGCAGUAACCCAUGCAGGAAUGGUGCCGCAUGUCAGACCAACGGGAACAGUUUCCUGUGUGUGUGUAUCCCCGGCUACCAGGGACAGCAGUGUGAGACUAACAUCAACGAGUGUGCCAGUAGUCCGUGUCAAAAUGGCGGCACCUGUACGGACCAGGUCAACGGGUACACCUGUCAGUGUAACACUGCCUACUCUGGCAUCAACUGCCAGGAGGAACAACAAACCUGUGGCGGACAUCGUAGUGGAGAGACAGGAACUAUUACCUUCCCUACAACACCUGGGACUACCUAUCCACAUGGCCUGAGUUGUGCUUACCGAAUCACCACUACACCCGGCAUGAUUGUAAUGAUGACAUUCACCUCCUUCAGCGUUGAGGCUCACGCUACAUGUGGCUACGACUUCCUACAGAUAAACGACGGCCCAACAGCGGCCUCCUACACCCUUGGGAGGUACUGUGGCUCCACCCUUCCGAACAACGGUCAACCAAUCAACUCCACCCAGCAUCAGAUGUAUUUCUGGUUUUUCACGGAUGUUUCUGUGAGCGACACAGGGUUCUCUGCUACUUGGACAUCGGCGCCCCCUGUUUGUGGUGGACGUCUGGCCAACCAGCUCCAUGGAUCCAUCAACAGUCCUGGUUACCCCGGAAACUACCCACACGACCGUACCUGUUCCUGGGAGAUCUCUGUACCUCCUGGUAACAACAUCAUGUUUACAUUUGCCACUCUGGCCCUGGAGUCCCAUCCCAACUGUAGCUACGACUACCUCGAGAUUCGAGAUGGCCCACUUCCGUCGUCCCAGAUACUGCAACGAUACUGCAAUACAUCCCAGCCCCCACCGCUGUCCACGACCGGCCCGAGUGCCUUCGUCAAGUUCCAUUCUGAUGCCACAUUGAGUGAUCAUGGUUUCCAUAUCACAUAUGUGACAGUUUCUGCUGGUGACCAGUGUGGGGGAGUACUAACGAGUGAGACAGGCGUGCUUACCUCCCCUAACUACCCAGGGUAUUACGAUCACAACGGUUACUGUGCCUGGUCUAUCUACGCAACCCCAGGAGAUAGUAUAUCUCUCACAUUCACCGAUAUGGACCUGGAGAACGGUGGCUGUUCGUAUGACUAUGUAGAGGUACGAGACGGCGAUAAUGAGGAUGCCCCUCUGUUUGGUCGUUACUGUGGUUCCAGUAUCCCAUCCACUCUAGUGACUUCUGGGAAUCACAUGUUUAUUGAGUUUCGAACGGAUGGAUCUGUGCGAGACAAUGGCUUCCGAGCUCAAUGGACAUCAGUUUGCGGAGGGUUAUACACUUCUCUGUUGGGUACCUUCAGUUCCCCAAACUUCCCUAAUCCAUACCCACACAACAAGGAAUGUAUCUACACCAUAAAUCAACAAAAUGGAUUUGGUGUGACCUUGACCUUCACGUCCUUUGAUGUGGAAGGAACGUCAGGAUCGUCGUGUCCGUUUGACUAUGUGGAGGUGAGGGACGGUAGCACAGAGACAGCUCCUCUUCUAGGCCACUUCUGUGGCAGUGAGAUACCCGAUCCAGUAAUCAGCUCACAGAGUAACAUGUGGGUGAAAUUUGUGACUGAUCACUCGGUACAGAACCUGGGAUUCUCUGCAUCUUACGUUGGUGCUCCGAUCCCAUGUGGCAUGGUAUUAACCGAUACCAGUGGGACCAUCCAGAGUCCCGGACACCCCAACAUUUACCCACACGGGGCCAACUGUACCUGGAGGAUUACAGUGGACGCUGGCCUUGUCAUACGACUGACCUUCGCCACCUUUACGUUGGAGGGCAGUGGUAGUUCCUGUUACUUUGACUAUGUGGACAUAUACGAUAACUCAUCAGCCGUAGAAAGCAGUCGUCUGGGAAGAUACUGUGGUCAAACGAUCCCCCCUAGUAUGACCUCUACUGAUAACGUAAUGACAAUCACCUUCAGGUCGGACAGCAGUGUAGCUCACGAGGGAUUCACAGCUUCAUAUGUUACACUCAAUGCAUCUACCAUUUGCGGUGGAACUUUUACGACCAGUACAGGGAUAAUCACCAGUCCAAACUUCCCUGAUAACUAUCCUCAUCAGAGAGAGUGUGUUUGGACCAUCAUUGCUCCUAUGAAUAUCCAGGUUCUUCUCAACGUCACAGAUUUCCAGCUUGAGAGUCAUGCCAACUGUAUGUUCGACUUCCUGGAAAUAAGAAAUGGGGGAUUUGAAGAUUCACCUCUAGUCAACAAAUAUUGCGGAAAUACGAUCGACACAAUUAUACAAUCCCACAGCAACAGGAUGUGGCUCAAAUUUCAAUCAGAUGGUUCGUUAUCUGCACGAGGAUUCCGUAUUAUGUACGAGGCUACGGCUACAGGGUGUGGAGCAGACCUAAACACUCCCACGGGUAGUUUUAUCUCCCCUAAUUACCCCAACACUUACUCCCAUAAUGCCGAGUGUUUCUGGACCAUCACCGUUUCCCGCGGCAGUCAGAUCAUACUCAACAUCACCGAUAUUGAUAUGGAGGGCAGUAGCAGUAGUACCUGCUACUUUGACUACAUCCUGAUCAGAGACGGUACUUCCACGGGAAGGCAGUUAGGUAAAUUCUGCGGUACAACCAUCCCUGGUGCAAUCCAGUCGAGCGCUAACUUACUGUGGGUGAAGUACAAGACGGACUACUCAGUGGCCGGGCGUGGCUUCCACAUCUCCUAUCGUACUGUGUGUAAUGUACGACUGACGGGAUUUUCUGGGGUGAUAGAGAGCCCUAACUUCCCUCAGCCCUACCCACACAACCGUAACUGUACCUGGAUCAUAGAGACAUCUCAGGGUAACACCAUCAGUGCUGCGUUCUCCCACUUUGAUGUAGAGACGCACCAUUCAUGUGCAUGGGACUAUUUACAGAUUCGUGAUGGAGAGUUGACAUCGUCUGCGUCCCUAGGCAGGUUCUGUGGUACAAACCUCCCCGCUCCUGUCAACAGCACCUCUAGCAAGAUGCUGGUGCAUUUUAUGUCUGACUUCAGCGUGGCAAGUAAUGGAUUUCGUCUUGAGUAUGUCACCAAUGGUUGCGGUGGUUACUUGGUGAACCCAACAGGCAACUUUACGAGCCCUAACUACCCCAGUAAUUACCCUCACGCUCGCGUCUGUGAGUGGCAGAUAAACCUAGCUACUGGUGUGAGGAUAGAACUCACACUCAAUGACUUCGACUUUGAGCCUCAUGUCAACUGCGGUUAUGAUGGAUUGGAGAUCUACGGAGGUAUGGACAGCGCCUCGCCACUUCUGAUAACACUCUGCCAUACACAGACGCAGCCUCAGGUUUUUACAUCCACUGGUAACCAGAUGUUGAUACGUUUCCGUAGCGAUGUGUCUAUCAGUGGGCGGGGUUUUCAUGCUUCCUAUAGAUCUCUACCUGGAGGAUGUGGGGGAAAUUUUUCGACACCAUCUGGAACGCUCACUUCGGCCAACUAUCCCAAUAACUAUCCCCACGAUACUGAGUGUGUCUGGUUGAUCACCGUGGCUCCCUCCAGGAAUAUCCUGCUUACUUUCAAUGAAUUUAUCCUGGAGGGCAGUUCAAGCUGCUAUUUGGACUACGUAAAGGUAUUUGAUGGUCCUACGAUGAAUAACACAUUGCUGAUGACACAUUGCGGCAGUUCUCUCCCUUCUCCUCCAUCAUAUCGUAGCUCUGCCAACCAGAUGCUUGUACGUAUGAGGACGGAUUCAUCUGUAUCACGAAAAGGCUUCAAUGCAACCUACGUUACUGGCUGUGGAGGAACGCUGACAGCAGAACAAGAUGGAGAAAUCAUGUCACCUAACUACCCAGGAAACUAUGGUCCUGGUAGCAACUGUUCCUGGCUAAUCCUCGGUGAUCAUGCAGGUAGAUUGGAAACAUGUUUUCGUGACGGAGGUGCGGCUGACAGCCCUGAGAUCGCAAGAUACUGUGGGCUGACCAUCCCUGAUCCAGUCUUGACCACCACAAACCAGCUAAGAGUGGAGUUUCACACCGACUUCUCAGCCACAGGCCAGGGUUUUCUGUUUGAUUGGCAGGCCACCAGUGAGGUGCCGCCCACCACACAGCCCCCAGGGGUCUCCACCACACCCAUGCCCGGUUGUGGAGGGAUCUUUAGUCCUUCCCAAUAUCAGAUGAUGACAAUUAACUCCCCUGGAUAUCCCGACGGAUACGCUGAUCAUCUUGAUUGUGUUUGGCAAUUGAUUGCUCAGCCAGGAUACGUUGUGUGGUUCAACGUCACUGACAUCAACCUUGAGAGCCAUCAGUCCUGUAGAUAUGACCGUCUGUCUGUGUAUGAUGGUCCCGUGGUGAACAACAACUACGGCCCGCGUCUGGGACAGUUCUGUGGGAGGGUCGGUAACGCUCAGCCUAUCCAGUCGACCGUCUCACAGAUGACACUGCGCUUCACCACAGAUUUCUCUAUCAACAGGACGGGUUUCUCUGUCAAUGUACAAACUGUUUGCGGUGGAAUAUUACGCAUGCCAUCUGGUGUAUUAAGCAGUCCCUCCUACCCAAACUCCUAUCCCAAUAAUAUCAACUGUACAUGGUAUGUGAUCGUCGCAAUUGGCCGUACUAUCCAAGUUGAAUUUAAUGGUGGAUUCAAUGUCGUGGGAUCAGGCGAGGCAUGUGGAGGGGACAGUGUCCAGUUACUUGGUGGACCAAGCACAACCUCCCCACCCAUCGGGAACUCUCUGACAGGACAAUACUGCGGAAACGUCAUACCUACACCGAUGAACACUUCAAGUAACUAUCUCACUGUGACCUUUGUCAGCGACGGGUCAGGAACGGGCACCGGGUUCCAGAUGCAGUUCACGGAGGUCAGUGUGACCUGUGGUGGCACACUCUACCUGACCGACGGAGUGACCAGUGGCUACUUCACAUCUCCAAACUACCCAAACGUCUACCCACACAAUGUGGACUGUACCUGGGUAAUAACUGCCCCGUCGUCACACAGCCUACAGCUCGACUUUGUGGACAACUUUUAUAUAGAAGAUCAUAAUCAGUGUCGUUUUGACUACAUAGAGGUCCGUGACGGAGGCACUAUCAACUCUCCCGUGCUCAGUCAUUUGUGUGGAAGCACCACGCCUAGUACAGUGAGGUCAACAGGCAAUGUGAUGUUUGUGAGAUUCCGUACAGAUGCCAGUGUCGCCCGCGCCGGAUUCAGGGCCAUGUACAAAAUAGCUGAGUGUGGAGGCAGAAUCUACGGGACAAGUAGAGCCAUCAUGUCUCCAAAUUACCCUAGCAACUACCCUAGCAACAGUCAUUGUGUAUGGGAUAUUGAGGCUCCAACAGGUCACUAUCUGACCUUCACCUUCGUCAACAUCGACUUGGAGUACUCUUACAACUGUACUGGGGACAACAGGGACUUCCUGGAGAUCAGGGACAUCAAUUCAACAGGUCCAGUCUUGAUGCGGUCCUGUGGUCAUUACAACGGCGAUCCCAUCGACACCUCCGACAGUUUUGCACUUGUCACCUUCAAUUCCAAUGCUGAAAGAAACCAGGCAGGAUUUUCCAUCGCCUUCCAAGCUAGUGUGGAGGUGUGUGGCGGCGACAAGACCACUCCCACUGGGACGUUCACAUCCCCCAACUUCCCAGGGCAGUAUGCACACUCUCGAGUAUGUACCUGGCUAAUCACCGUCCAACCGGGGCGCCGAGUCUCAUUGACCUUCGACACCUUUAAUUUAGAAACUGGUUCAAAUUGUCGUUUUGAUUAUGUAGCGGUGUAUGAUGGUAUCCUGGCCGACUCCCCCAUGAAAGCCCGUUUAUGUGGAGAAACCAUCCCUGUGCUCCAGGAGUCUAGUGGUAACACCAUGAAAGUCGUGUUCCGUACAGAUGGUUCGAUCAGUAACGGAGGAUUCCGCGCCUCAUACACAUCAAAUAACGAGCUAGUUUGCGGUGGAACGUUAACCAGUAAUCCUGGGACGAUUACCUCCCCUGGAUACGAUACCGGGGCUAACUACACUAACAACCAGCAGUGUGUGUGGGUAAUUGCCAACCGUAACGUUACUGAUACUUCUGUGGCUUUACGGUUCUACAGCUUCCAGCUCGAGUCGCACGGCAAUUGUAAUUUUGAUUUCCUGGAAAUCCGAGAAGGAAAUUCAGCAACAAGUCCAUUGAUUGGAAAAUAUUGCGGAAAAACUCAGGCGCCUCCACCAAUCUAUUCGCCAUCGCCUUACCUGUGGGUCCGGUUUAGGACUGACUUAAGUAUUGUUGACCGCGGCUUUAGCCUUAAUUAUGGAUUUACAGGUGAGGAAGGAGUAGAAUUUACCAACUUCAGCUUGGAACAACAUCCCAACUGCGUUUUUGACUAUGUUGAGUUGUUUAAUGGCCCCUUUGUCGAUUCCCCAUCUGUUGGCAAAUUCUGCGGAACGACAGCACCCCCUACAUUCACAUCCCAGUACAGUGCCAUCCGUCUGAUCUUCAAGGCGGAUGUCUCCAUUAGCUCUCAGGGCUUUCGUCUGACCUACAGCUUUCAGUCCGGAGGGUGUGGUGGGUUAUACCACACGAACGACGGACAGAUUACGAGCCCUAACUACCCUCAGAGUUAUCCACACAGGACGGAGUGUGUGUGGGACAUCAAUGUCGCCCCAGGCUAUCACGUAGCCUUGACCUUCAAUCCGCCAUUUGACCUGGAAAGUCACGCUGCUUGUAGCUGGGAUUAUGUCGAGGUGAGUAACGGCCUCUGGAACGGCAGCUUGUUACCCCUGGGUAGAUGGUGCAGUAAUCUGACUCCCCCACAGCAGAACUCGACAACGAACCGACUUGUAGUGAAGUUCCGCUCGGAUAUCAACACAAACGGCAAUGGGUUCUCUGCUAACUGGACUGUAGGUUGUGGGUCAGAGUUCACAGAGUUGACGGGUAGAAUUUUCUCCCCUGGAUAUCCCCAGCAGUACGAGAAUGGCCUUCUAUGUAACUACACCAUCAAGACAGACCCACAGCGUUUUAUUGUCCUAAACUUCAUUGUGUUUGAACUAGAAGGAGGCAGCAGGUGUCAAUAUGACUACCUCCAGGCGUUUACUGGAAACAGUUCCUCCGGGCGACGUCUAGGCAAGUUCUGCGGUAACACAAUCCCACAAGCCGUAAGUUCACUGGGCACCAUGUUUCUCCAGUUCCGAACAGACCAGUCCAUCGUCGCGCGUGGAUUCAUCCUGGACUAUCGAACCUCUGAAUGUGGCGGAAUUUACACAGGUGUGUACGGAUAUAUCCAAACUCCGCAGCAGCCGUCGCAGUACCAUCACAACGCUAACUGCACCUGGCUCAUCACAGUGGCUCCCGACCGUGCCAUCUAUUUCAAAUUUACAGCAUUUGAUCUGGAGGCCCAUUCCUCUUGUCGAUAUGACUAUGUGGACCUCCGUGAUGGUGGAGAUUUGUCCUCCCCCCUCAUUGGCCGUUACUGUGGUAACGUGGUUCCUGAAAUGGUCCGUACCACAUCAAACACCCUUUUGGUCAAUUUUAUCAGCGACUUCUCCGUGGCGGGGACAGGCUUUACAGCAGGUUACAGGACAGGGUUUGGUGUAUUACAGGGAUGUGGAGGAAUACUGAACACAACGUCAGGAUCUUUUGGGAGCAUAGAUAUUGAUGGCAGCGGUCGCUAUGAGAACGAUCAGGAUUGCCUGUGGACAAUUAUUGUCGGCGAUGAUCAAUUGGUUGUCCUGUCGAUCCCAACAGUCGACAUAGAAUCGGCAACAGCAUGUCACUUUGAUUCGCUAAAGAUCUAUGAUGGAAUGGGAACUACUGAGCCUCUGAUCGGUACUUACUGCGGCACCAAUGCCCCUGGAGUAAUCCGGUCCACCUCCAACUUCCUCACAGUUCGGUUUUCCACAGACCUGUCUGUUACGAAUGCCGGUUUUAACGCUACUUAUACCCAAACUCCAUCUCUAUGUGGUGGAGCUGUGAUUUCUUCGAAUGUUCCCCAGACAAUCACGUCUCCUGGCGCGUCCUUCUUCCCACCGGACGAGCCAAUACAAUGUCGCUGGACUGUAGAUGCCCCAAACUAUAAUGAGCGCGUUCGAUUUACAAUGACAACAAUCAACUUGGACAGCGACUCAAGUUGUAGCAAUGAAUAUGUUGAGUUUAGAGACUCGCCACUGGGCUAUGGCGGGCGGUCGAUGCACUACUGUGGGUCAACACCUCCGAAUUUGUUUGAGUCUGUUGGACAAACGGCCAUGAUCAAUUACAAAGCAUUACGUAACGGCAUAGGUCACGGCUUCUCACUAACGUACCAAACUGCCACCUGUAACAGGACUUACAGUGGAUACAGUGGACAGAUACACAGUCCAGGCUGGCCAGGUAACUAUCCCAGCAAUAUCUACUGUGAGAUCGUCAUUACAGGGCCCCCAAACACCUGGCUCACACUCUACUUCAACGCCUUCAGCAUCGAGUCACACAGGUCCUGCCGCUUCGACUACUUGCAGGUGAGAAAUGGAUCAGCUGUUACAGCACCUGUAGCAGCUACUCUGUGUGGCUUCGCUAUACCCGACCCCAUCUUUGGCACUGGAAAUUCAUUGUGGCUGGGAUUCCGAACCGACGGAUCAUUGACUCAUCCAGGAUUUGACAUUACCUAUACGGCGUCCAAUUCAGGUAUGGGCUGUGGAGGUAAUAUCACAGGAAUCAACGGGAGUUUGACCAGCCCUGGUUACCCUGGUAACUACACAGAACGACACAGCUGUCGUUGGCUCAUCACCGUACCAGGCCGGCGCGUUGUCAGUGCAACCUUUACCGAUCUGAACCUGAUCGGUAGUCCGGACUGUAACAGGGACUCCGUAGCUGUAUAUAAUGGAAACUCGGAGCAACAGCCAAUCUUUGGACAAUACUGUGGCAAUGAGACGCCAGCAACUCUAGUUGCCAGUGGAAAUGUAAUGCUUGUAAAGUUCACCACGGAUGGUAUCGGCAGCGCACCCGGCUUCCGGAUAACAUUUACCAGCUAAUGAUUAUAUAACAUCAUUUAUACGUGUCGAUAACAUAAUCAUCUAGUGUUAAUAACAUCAUUUAUACGUGUCGAUAACAUUUACCAGCUAAUGAUUAUAUAACAUCAUUUAUACGUGUCGAUAACAUAAUCAUCUAGUGUUAAUAACAUCAUUUAUACGUGUCGAUAACAUUUACCAGCUAAUGAUUAUAUAACAUCAUUUAUACGUGUCGAUAACAUAAUCAUCUAGUGUUAAUAACAUCAUUUAUACGUGUCGAUAACAUUUACCAGCUAAUGAUUAUAUAACAUCAUUUAUACGUGUCGAUAACAUAAUCAUCUAGUGUUAAUAACAUCAUUUAUACGUGUCGAUAACAUUUACCGGCUAAUGAUUAUAAUAACAUCAUUUAUAUGUGUUGAUGACAUAUUCAGAUCUCUAAAGGUGAAGGAGAGGUAAAGAAAUAAUGUUUUCAGAAAAUCUCUGUCUCUUAUAUCUUAUAUCUUUAUUUUAAAACAAGAAUGA